UCUAUAAGAUUUUCUCGCACUUCAUGUCUCGUUGUACAUAUGGAUAUAGUUUAUUGUUCGUUAAUUCAGAGAAGACUAGUCAAAUAUCGUCGACUUUGGCAUUUCCAGUGCGCCAGAUGAAAUAAGGAACAAUUGCCUCCUGCUACCUCUCGUGUUCAUAUUGUUAGAACAGCAUCGAUUUUAAAAGUGACCAAAGCAGUUACGCUAGUUUUAAUGGCGGCGAAUACGUGGACGAUUCUUGAAACAAUUGUUUUGGUCAUUGUAUUCAUAGCAGCACUUUGUGCCAAUCUUAGCCUGUUCUACAUCGUUGGUACGACUAGAAACCUUCAAACAAAAGCGAAUGUAUUUAUCUUAAACCUGGCUGUCGCAGAUCUUCUUGUCGCGGUCAUUAAUCUCCCUGUGACUAUAAUAACUGUUAUUGCCCAAGAUUGGGUGCUUGGUAAGACGCUUUGUCAAAUAUCUGGAUUUUUAACAUUGCUCACGUUCGUAGCAUCGUGUAUGGCUUUAUCCAUGAUCAGCAUAAAUCGCUACCAUGCUAUAGUUUAUUGGACAUGUUAUGAGAGCAAGUACACUCGCCGUAAAUGUGCUUUUUAUGUUUGUAUUACCUGGUUUAUUGCAAUAGUAUUAUCUAUACCUCCGUUUUUUGGUUGGGCGAAAUUCGACUAUGAUCCAGGACAGAGUUAUUGUUUUGUUGAAUGGACAGCAAGUAAAUCGUACACGAUCUUUAUGAUUGCAACUUGUUCAUGUGGUCUGUUGUCUAUAAUGACUUACUGUUAUGUUAGAAUACUUCGUUAUCACGAAGAUAGUGGCAGAGAUGUUCGCCAAAUGGCGGUACGUUCUAACAGCCCUUCGUUACAAACUCUUGAAAUGAUGGACAAAGUACAGGGGUCAAGAAAAAAUCGUUUGACAAGAACAGUAAUAGUGUUAAUUGUCGUCUUUGGCAUUUGCUGGUCCCCUUUUGCGAUCAUAAUGUUGAUCCAAGUGUUCUCCAAUGCGCAUGUUCCACGCGCUGUGGAUUUUGGAUCCCUGGUUUUGGGAUACUUAAACAGUUUUUUCAACGUGGUUGUGUAUAACGCAACGAAUAAAAAACUUCGACGGCAAUUUUUGAAUUUUUUUUCAGUGAUUAUCUUUCGAAAAAAGGACAAACGUUCGCAAUACACUGAAGGCGCGCAUUGUCACCGUGUCAGUGCAUCGACGGGGAAUAAUAUUUAAAUUUUAGUCAAUAUUUUAUUGAUGCCAAAUCAUCAGGUACGAGAGAAACCUUUAAUGGAAUUGUUGUAAACCAAAUAAAAAACUUCGACGGGAAUUUUUUAAUUUUUUUCAGCAGUUAACUAAGAAAAGACAGUCGACUAAUUGGUCGCAUUUUCACAGUGCAUACAUCGACGGAAAACUGUGCCUAAAUGAAAUCAAUGCUUUAAAUGGUCAGAAAGCGAAAGAAACAUAGAGAAAAAUUGUGGUUAACUAUAGCGACGUUUUAACGAAGGAAACCCACCGGAGUUUCAGGAAAUUCGACAAACAAGACGCUUUGCUGAAAGACAUGUAAUACAGAAAAUUUCAGAUUUAGUAUUGCACAGUUAAAGAUUUUCCCUUUUGCAGCCUUUAAUCUAGAGAAUAGCUAUGAGGAAGGCAACUGCAAUCCAUAAAACAGUGUGUGUAGUAAAAAUAUUGUGUGUAUUGUUAUUUCAUAGUUUAGUAAUAAAUAUACGGAAGGAAUA